AAAAAAACUCUCUUUCCAUAAGUAAGACGCCGCCAUUAGUGUCGUGUACCCUGUUUCUUCAAAAUCACAUCACACUCUAAAGAUGAUGACAACUAUACGGUUGUCAUCAGAGAGACGUCAUCGAAACCUACGUCAUAACUUGAGAUUUUUUUAACUCCUAAAUCCAGGGGCAUCAUUUAAACGAAAAUUAGACACAUUCCCUAAUUGCCCAAAACAAUUUCAAACAUGGCUACCUCGUAUUUCACGUUCACAUUCUUCCUCUGUUUCUUCUUCUCCCUUUAAAUUCUCUCCUGAUUAAUUUCUUUCUCACUUACACCGUCCACCUAUUAAUUAUAUUAUACCGUGUUUUGACUCCAUGGAUGUGGAGAAGAGAAAGCGAUUUGAGGAUCGUGAUGGAGCUGACGGGAAAAAAGCCAAGGUCGAAGUCAAAGGCGCCGAUGAACAUACCCCGGCGGCGUUAAACUGCGGCGAUCGCCGGGCCGACGAAGAUGGGGGCGAUGCCGACGCCGAUGGAGAAGUCGAGGAGUUCUACGCCAUCUUGAGGAGAAUCCACGUGGCGGUUAAAUAUUUCGAGAACGGGAAGGCGACUGGGAAGAAGAAGACAAACUCGCCGGCGACGGCGGCGGCGAAACCGAAGGCAACCGCAACGGCGACGUCUUGGAAUCUUAACUUUAAACGGGAGGAUUUUGAGGGUGGUUGUUGUGAUAACGGCCUGAAAGAGGACGAGAGGUCUGUGAGCGACAGCGCCAGCUUGGACCUUAAUGUCGAACCCGACCCGGAUUCUGAAUAAUAUGUAAUCAAAUCUGCAUUAUAUGUGUUUCGGUUAGGUUUAUGAUUCUGUGUUGUUGCUGUCCAAUAUGUAAACUUUUACUACUACUAAUUUGCUAAAGCUAAAGUUAGUUAGCUUAACUAAUAGUUAUUCUGAGUUUCAUUAUAUUUUAUGAUGAAUUAAACAAAAUGCUAAUGUCUGGUGUGUAUGUUAUUCCCUCACCAAACUGAUUUUUUUUUUUUUUUGAAUGAUAUACUAGUAUUUUGGGUUUACUAUGGUUAGAGAAACCACUUCACGGGUUGAUAUUAUGGCUCAAUCAUGAUGUAAUUGAGGUCAAUUGUCCUCUAACAGGCUACAGUGAAGAAAAUUUAAAUUUGAACGGA